AUGCUCGGCCGGCGGCCGGCGGGCAAGAACAGCUACAGCCCCCGGGCAGCGGGGCGACAUGGGGACAAGGGCGCCGCGGGCCAGCCCUCUCUGGACUCGCUGCCCCAUGCGCCCCGUGUGCGCCUCACGGACCUGUCGCGGAAGGACUGCCUGGACGCGCCGGGCUGCAGCCUGGCGGAGCUGUCCACGGGCAGCGCCAAGCUCAGCAGCAGCCCCAGCGCCGCGGGCAACCUCAAGCGCCCCACCAGCCUGAGCCGCCAUGCCAGCGCCGCCGGCUUCCCGCUCACCGCUGCAGCGCCCCGCGCCCUGCCCAAGGGCCACAAGACGCCCACGUCCUACAGCCCCAUGGAGGGCGGCGAGGGCCUCUUCAUCGACGUGGAGGACAUCUCGCAGCUGCUGACGGACGUGGCGCGCUUCGCCGACGCGCUCGAGAACCUGCGCGACGUGGUGCUGCGUGACGAGCCCAAGGAGUCGCAGCGGCCGCAGGCCCACGAGUGCCUGGGGGAGACGCUGCGCGUCCUGCGCCAGGUCAUCAACAAGUACCCGCUGCUCAACACCUUGGAGAUCCUCACGGCUGCCGGGACCCUCAUCUCCAAAGUGAAGGGCUUCCAUUACGAAUCCAACAAUGAAGCGGACAAGCGGGAGUUCGAGAAGGCUGUGGAGACCAUUGCAGUGUCCUUCAGCAGCACCGUGUCCGAGUUCCUCAUGGGGGAGGUGGACAGCAGCACCAUCCUCUCCAUCCCGCCCAGCGACCAGAACCAGUCUAUGGAGAACCUCUAUGGUGGGAUCCCCGGUCCUGGUGGAGAUGGCCUGCCACCCGGCAUGGAAAGCUACAGCAUGGUGCGCCCGCCCGCCGAGGAGGUGGAUGUCCUGCUGCAGCGGUGCGAGGGCGGCGUGGACGCUGCACUCCAGUACGCCAAGAACAUCUCCAAGUACAUGAAGGACCUCAUCGGCUACCUGGAGAAACGGACCACGCUGGAAAUGGAGUUUGCCAAAGGGCUUCAGAAGAUGGCAAACAGUUGCAAGCAAACCAUCACCCAAGAGACCAGUAUGCCCUUCCUGUCCAUCUACUUGCUGGCUCUGGAGCAGGACAUGGAGUACGGGACGGCGGUUCUGCAGGCGGCCAACACUCUGCAGCACCAAACCUUCCUGCAGCCACUGGCAGUGAGACGCCUGGAGCACGAAAAGCGGAGGAAGGAGAUCAAGGAGCAGUGGCACCGGGCACAGAGGAAACUGCAAGACGCCGAGGCCAACCUGCGCAAGGCCAAGCAGAGCUACAUGCAGCGCUGCGAGGAGCACGACAAGGCCAAGUACGUGGCGGUGAAAGCCGAGGAAGAGCAGCAGAACCCCACCAGCGGCAUCACCUCCAAAACCCUGGACAAGAAGAGGCGGCUGGAGGAGGAAGCCAAGAACAAGGCAGACGAGGCAAUGGCCACGUAUCGCACCUGUGUCGCCGACGCCAACACGCAGAAGCAGGAACUGGAAGACACCAAGGUGAACGCGCUGCGGCAGAUCCACGAGGUGAUCAAGCAGAGCGACCAGGUCAUCAAAAUGGCCACUAUCUCCUUCUACCAGAUCAUGCACAUGCAGACCGCCCCGCUGCCCGUCUACUUCCAGACACUGUGUGAAAGCAGCAAGCUCUACGACCCGGGGCAGCAGUACGCGUCGCACGUGCGGCAGCUGCAGCGGGGCGACGAGCCCGACAUCCAGUACGACUUCGAGCCCUACGUGUCCCACAAUGCCUGGUCUCCCUUUGUUCGCACUCGGAAAGGCAGCUUCAAUGCCAGUGACUUUGCUACAAAUGCCAGUUCUGAUGGAGCUGGGCUGCCCAAAGAUGGGAACGUGUCCGAUGCAGGGGCUGGAGGCAAGGAGCAGCAGAGCGGAGCUGACAGGAGAGGUGGGAGGGGGCAUCAGGUCCAUAAGUCUUGGCCGACCACCAUCACCGAGGGGGACGGCAGCCUGGAUUCCAACGCAGGUGAAUUCAGCCACAAGCUGCAGCGAUUGUCCUCCAACGGCACCAUGUCCUCCAGCGAGGAGCUGCAGGAGAAGGAGGAGAACGCCGCCUCCUUCGAGCAGAGCAUCAACGGCAUCACCCCAGAAAUGGCUGCUCCCACAGGACCUUUCCGAAACGUUGGCUUAUCCAAGGCUGCCCAGACUCACCGGCUCAGGAAGCUCCGCACCCCUUCCAAGUGUCGGGAGUGCAACAGCUACGUUUACUUCCAGGGAGCAGAGUGUGAGGAGUGCUACCUCGCCUGUCACAAGAAGUGUCUGGAAACUUUGGCCAUCCAGUGUGGGCACAAGAAACUCCAAGGGAAGCUGCAGCUUUUUGGGCAGGACUUCACAAAGUCUUCGCAGAGCAGCUCGGACGGAAUCCCCUUUAUCAUCAAGAAGUGCAUUUCUGAGAUCGAGAAGCGGGCACUGAAAACCAAGGGCAUCUACCGAGUUAACGGUGUAAAGACUCGUGUGGAAAAGCUUUGCCAGGCAUUUGAGAACGGGAAGGAGCUGGUGGAGCUAUCGCAGGCCUCCCCUCACGACAUUAGCAAUGUCCUGAAGCUCUACCUGCGGCAGCUGCCCGAGCCCCUCAUGCCCUUCCGCAUGUACAACGAGCUGGUGGGCCUGGCCAAGGAGAGCCUGGCGGGCGGCGAGGCCAAGGGCAGGGGCGGCAAGGGGGGCCCCGAGCUCGCCGACCGGGGCCCCGACACCGACACGGUGGUUGUGACGCUGGUGCUGAAGCUGAAGGAGCUGCUGAAGGAGCUUCCCUGGGAGAACAUGGCCACGCUGCAGUACCUGCUGCAGCACCUGAGAAGGAUCGUGGAAGUGGAGCAGGACAACAAGAUGACCUCGAGCAACCUGGGCAUUGUCUUUGGACCCACCCUCAUGCGCCCCAGACCCACAGACGCCACGAUUUCCUUGUCCUCACUGGUGGACUAUCCCCACCAAGCCCGCAUCGUCGAGGCGCUCAUCAUCUUCUACGCAACCAUCUUCGAGAGCAGGGACCCGGCGCUGCUGCUCGAUCCCGGCAAACGCGGCGCCGAGGCGGCGGCCGGCGGCUCCGCCGCGGUAGGAGAGCCCUGGGGAGGAGCGAGGCCGGGGCGCUUGGGGCUUGAAGCCUUGGCCCCCCACGGCAGCGCCGCCUACCUGGAAGCAGCCGCCGAGAAGGGGGCCCUGGAUUACGGCGCCGACUCGUAUGGAGAGCCCGGCGACCGCUCCGGUGACUCCGACUCCGAGCUGGAGGAGAGCGCGGAGCUGCCGGCGGCCGCGGAGCGGAGCCCGCUCCGAAAGCAGGGCAGCGAAACCAGCACCGAGGACACUCCGUUCUGCGACGAGGGGAGCGAGGGCCAGCGCAGCCGGACGAGCAGCACGGGCCAGUGGGACACGGAGCGCACAGCUCCCCGCGCCCGCAGCCCUGUCGGGGAGGAGCAGAGCGACCCCGAGGAGGGUCCCGACAGCGGCCGCCGCGCCGCGCACACGGACUGCGCCGGGGGAGCCCGCGCUCUGGAGUAG